AUGCUUCUCGCGCAACAGUUGAUGUUCUCCUUCUUCAAAACCCUGACAGACCAAGUCAUAACCGUAGAGCUCAAGAAUGACCUCUCAAUAACAGGCACCCUCAAAUCAGUCGACCAAUUCCUCAACAUCAGAUUAGACGGGAUCUCCGUGGAAGAUCCAGAGAGACAUCCACAUAUGCUCGCGGUGAAGAACUGUUUCAUAAGGGGUUCGGUGGUCCGGUAUGUGCGGAUGCAGGCGAGGAAUGUGGAUACGACGUUGCUGGAGGAUGCGACGAGAAGAGAGGCAAAGGAAGGAAAGAAGUAG